AUGCCCGCGCGCCGCCGCCAUGAGCUCGGUGUCGGCCGCCUCCGGGCGGCGGGCGGGCGGCGGCGGCGGCGGCCGCGGGGCCCCCGCCGAGCCCGGACGAGGGGGGCGCGGGUCAAAGGUCGCUUCCUGUCGGCCUGGAACAACGUCAGAUACGGCUGGACGGUGAAGACCAAGACCCACUUCAGCAAGCUGUCGCCCGUGCACCUCCUGGGCCGCGUCCACUGCCUGGCCACCGAGGAGGACGUGGAGCGCUUCCAUAAGGAUUUCGUGUCCCGCCUGUGGCUCACCUACCGGCGGGAGUUCCCGGCGCUGGAGGGCACGCCGUGGACCACCGACUGCGGCUGGGGCUGCAUGCUGCGCAGCGGGCAGAUGCUGCUGGCCCAGGGGCUGCUCGUGCACCUCCUGGGCAGAGACUGGAGCUGGCCGGACGCCCUGCUGAGCGCCGGCUCGGCGGAGCCGGAGCCGCCGCGCUCGGCCUCUCCGUCCCGCCCCGGCCCCGCCGGCAGGGCGCCGCGGGCCCGGGAGCCGCCGUCGCGCUGCCGCAGCCCCCGGGAGCGCGAGGCGGAGCAGCGGCACCGCGCCGUCGUCGCCUGCUUCGCCGACCACCCCCGGGCGCCGUUCGGCAUCCACCGCUUCGUGGAGCUGGGCCGCAGCUCGGGGAAGAAGGCCGGGGACUGGUACGGCCCCUCCAUCGUCGCCCACAUCCUCAGGAGGGCCGUGGAGAGCUGCCCCGAAGCCGGCGGCCUCUCGGUCUACGUGUCUCAGGACUGCACAGUGUACAAGGGGGACGUGGCCAGCCUGGUGCAGGGCGCGCCGGAGCCCGGCGGCCCGCGCCGAGCCGUCGUCGUCCUGGUGCCCAUGCGGCUGGGCGGCGAGACCCUCAACCCCGUCUACGUCGACUGCGUGAAGGAGCUGCUCAAGCUGAAGUCGUGCGUGGGGAUCAUCGGCGGGAAGCCCCGGCACUCCCUCUACUUCAUCGGGUUUCAAGACGAUUUCCUGCUCUACCUGGACCCUCACUACUGCCAGCCCUUCGUGGACACGUCGCGGGAGAACUUCCCCUUGCAGUCCUUCCACUGCUGCUCCCCGCGGAAAAUGGCCUUCGGCAAGAUGGAUCCCAGCUGCACCAUCGGCUUCUACGCCGGCGGCGCGCAGGACCUGGAGGAGCUGUGUGCAGAGCUGACCCGCGUCCUGAGCUCCCCCCCGGCCAAGGACAAGUACCCCGUGUUCACCGUGGUGGAGGGCCGCGCGCAGGACUACGGCCUGGACGAGCUCUGCUCGCGCCUCUCGCAGCAGACGGUGCAGCUGCCUCGCGCCGGCAGACGCGCCAAGGGCAAGAAGCCCGGCUCGGACGAGUUCGUCUUCCUUUGAGGGCUGGGGGGGGGGGGACGACCCCCGGGGCUCGCUCCCCGGGCCGCGGCGGCGGGACCCCCGGGGCGCCGCACGCGGAAGGCGGUUCGUACACUGGAUGAAGCCGCGGGGGACAGCGGGGGGAGCGUCUCAGCGAGAGGCGGCACCUCCCGGGGGGGGGGGAGGCCGGUGGGGUGUGUCCCCCCCCCCCAAUACCUCAGGUCUGUUCGUUCACUACUGCACCCAGCCAGCCCCGCGGCGCCGGGAACAGAGCUCAGGGCCGACGUUUUCUUGUUCCCGGCGGCCUUCGUCUGGAGGGGGACGGCGAGCUGGGGCCCCCCCUCGCUCCUCCCCGCUGGCCACGGGCCCCCCCGGCCCGGAGGCAGCUCUGAGCCGGUGGGGUGGGGGGAGGCGCGUUUACCUGCGUCGGUUUGGCCGUCACAAGCUGCUCGCGUUGAGGGUCUGGGUUUAUUUAUUGCCUGCGGCUCCGCUCAGGAUUCCCGACCCCUCUUCUGCCUGUCCGUCGCCCCCCCCACACACACCCCCCCCCCCAGGAAUUAAAGGUCUGCUCGAA